UCUCUCUGCUUUAAUAUUCAAAUACGAAUUAGGGAGAGAAGGGAGAGAUGUGAGUGAGUGUGUAUCUAAAUAUUGUGAGUGUGCAUGGUGUUCGAGGAAGAGUUCAAGUUAUUCAAAACAAACUAAACAGGGAGAGCUACGGGUAGUGUUUAUAAAGCUUUGUCUCGUCUCCUUCAACUGAUAAGAGAUCUGAAACAAGUUUCUACUGGCUUUGGCAUUUAGGACUGAUUGAUUCUGGGAGGCUUUGGCAUUUAGCUCUUUUUGAUCAAUGAGCCUUAACAAUAUGGCAGACAUUAAUGGCAGUACUGUGCGUGAACUCGACCAUCAUAACAAGAACAAAUGGAAGAUGCCUCUCUUUGUUUUCUUCAACGAUGCAAGCAAAGUGUUGACUAUGGAUGGAAUUGGUCGGGAAUUGAUUGGAAUUGCGUUUCCUGCUGCUUUGGCUGUGGCUGCUGAUCCUCUUGCUUCUCUCAUUGACACUGCUUUCAUUGGCCACUUAGGAGCUGUGGAGCUUGCUGCAGCAGGAGUAUCCAUAACACUGUUCAACCAAGCUUCAAGAAUCACCAUUUACCCUCUGGUGAGCAUCGCAACUUCAUUUGUGGCAGAGGAAGAUACAAUCAAGAAAAUCACAGCAGCUACUAAUAAACCACCACAAGCUGAUCAUGAUUAUAAUAAGAAGCCAACCAAAGAAGGUGUGGUAGAUGAUGAGGCCAACGUGCUUAAUAAUAUUAAUCCCGACAUUGAAAAAGGUUGUCCCGGACAGCUAGUGAAUCCUAGUUCUGUUGGAAAAAACUCUUCCUCUGCGAAUGGUGAUUCCUUUACCAAAGCCUCUGAUGAUGUGUGUCACAAUCAUAAGAGUAAGAGUAAGAAUCAGAGCAAUAAGAAGAAGAGGAAACAAAUUGCUUCAGCAUCAACAGCUUUAAUAUUUGGGACAAUUCUUGGCCUCAUCCAAGCAUCACUCCUCAUUUUUGCUGCCAAACCUCUUUUACUUCUCAUGGGUGCCGAACCAGAUUCUGCUAUGCUGAUUCUUGCGCAGAAGUACUUGAAACUGAGAGCACUGGGUUCUCCUGCUGUUCUUCUAGCUUUGUCUAUGCAAGGAAUCUUCCGAGGCUUCAAGGACACUACAACCCCCUUAUAUGUUAUUGUUAUCGGGUAUGCCAUAAAUGUGGCAUUGGAUCCAUUACUUAUAUUUCACUUCAAGUUAGGCCUCAAAGGUGCAGCCAUGGCCCAUGUCAUCUCACAGUACUUGAUGGCACUUGCUCUGUUGUUAAUAUUAUUGAGAAGAGUUGAUCUCUUACCUCCAAGUAUUAAGGAUUUGCAGAUUUUCCGCUUCCUUAAAAACGGAGGGUUGUUGAUGUUAAAAGUAAUAGCAGUAACAUUUUGUGUGACAUUUGCUGCAUCAUUAGCAACAAGGUUAGGUCCAAUUUCCAUGGCUGCUUUCCAAACAUGUCUACAAGUUUGGAUCACUACUUCCCUUCUUGCUGACGGUUUAGCCGUCGCUAUUCAGGCAGUUCUAGCAUGCUCGUUUGCUGAGAAAGACUAUGUCAAGAUCAAAGCAGCAGCCGCAAGAGUACUUCAAAUGACUUUUGUAAUGGGAGUAGGGCUGUCUCUUGUAGUUGGCAUUGGUUUGUACUUCGGUGCUGGUGCCUUCUCCACAUCCUCUGGUGUUCUCCAACUCGUCAGAAUAGGCCUCCCUUUUGUAGCAGCAACACAACCAAUCAAUGCAUUAGCGUUUGUGUUCGACGGUGUCAACUAUGGAGCUUCUGAUUUUACUUAUGCCGCAACUUCUUUGGUGUUGGUUUCAAUUGUGAGCGUUGGAAUAGAAUAUGCCAUGUAUAAAAUGAAAGGCUUCGUUGGGAUCUGGAUUGGUUUGAGCAUAUAUAUGGCUCUUCGCAUGCUCGCUGGUGUUUGGAGGAUGGGAACAGGAACAGGACCUUGGCGAUUCCUCAGACGAUGAAACGGUGUCGUUGAAUCUCUCCACCAUGCGUGGUCAAUUUUUUCCCUUUCAUUUUAGGCAAGAUUACACUCCGACUUUUCACGUCGGAUCGAUCUUUGAGAUUCUGGAAUAUUGCACCGUUUACAUGUACCUAUAAUACGUAUGAAAUAAUAUAACACUAUUUGUUAUC